GGGGCGGGCGGGCGGCGGCGACGGCGGGUGGCGUCUGGGGCGCCUCCGGCGGACGGUGGCGGCGCCGGGCAGAGAGGCCGCGGCUGCCGGGGUCGUCGGGGGACGGCGGUGAGCUCGGGCCUGGGCGGCGGCGGCCGGGGGCGCAAGCGGAGCCCCGCGCCGGACACAGAACCUCGUCUCAGGCGGCCGCGGCUUUUGAUGAGCUACAGGCCGGCGGAGACGCAGACUCGCUCGUCCCCUGGCGGCCCGCGGACGCUGACGCUCUCCGCGCAGACCCUCGCCCCGGCCCCGACCCCAACCCCGGCCCCGGCCCCGGCCCUGACCGCCGCUGCGUGUGUGUUUCAGGCCCCAGCGCCCGGCUAUGGCCGCGGCCACCAUAGUCCACGACACGUCUGAGGCGGUGGAGCUGUGCCCCCCGUACGGCCUGUACCUGAAGCCCAUCACCAAGAUGACCAUCAGCGUGGCGCUGCCGCAGCUGAAGCAGCCGGGCAAGUCCAUCUCCAACUGGGAGGUGAUGGAGAGGCUCAAGGCCAUGGUGCAGCACCACCAGUUCUCCACGCUGCGCAUCUCCAAGAGCACCAUGGACUUCAUCCGCUUCGAGGGCGAGGUGGAGAACCGCAGCCUGGUCAAGGCCUUCCUGGCCUGCCUGGACGGCAAGACCAUCAAGCUCAGCGGCUUCUCCGACAUCCUCAAGGUGCGCGCCGCCGAGUUCAGGAUCGACUUCCCCACGCGCCACGACUGGGACUCCUUCUUCCGCGACGCCAAGGACAUGAACGAGACGCUGCCGGGCGAGCGGCCCGACACCAUCCACCUGGAGGGCCUGCCCUGCAAGUGGUUCGCGCUCAAGGACUCGGGGUCCGAGAAGCCCAGCGAGGAGGUGCUGGUGAAGGUGUUCGAGAAGUUCGGGGCGAUCCGCAACGUGGACAUCCCCAUGCUGGACCCCUACCGCGAGGAGAUGACCGGCCGCAACUUCCACACCUUCAGCUUCGGGGGCCACCUGAACUUCGAGGCCUACGUGCAGUACCGCGAGUACGUGGGCUUCAUCCAGGCCAUGAGCGCCCUGCGCGGCAUGAAGCUCAUGUACAAGGGCGAGGACGGCAAGGCGGUGGCCUGCAACAUCAAGGUUUCCUUCGACUCCACCAAGCACCUGAGCGACGCCUCCAUUAAGAAACGGCAGCUCGAGAGGCAAAAGCUGCAGGAGCUGGAGCAGCAGAGGGAGGAGCAGAAGCGCAGGGAGAAGGAGGCCGAGGAGAGGCAGAGGGCGGAAGAAAGGAAGCAGAAGGAGCUGGAGGAGCUGGAGCGGGAGCGGAAGCGGGAGGAGAAGGUGCGGCGCCGGGAGCAGAAGCAGCGGGACCGCGAGCUGCGCCGCCAGCAGAAGAAGCUGGAGAAGCAGCAGGCGGAGGAGCAGCGGAAGCUGCACGAGAAGAUCCGGCUGGAGGAGCGCAAGCUGCUGCUGGCGCAGCGCAACCUGCAGUCCAUCCGCCUGGUGGCCGAGCUGCUGAGCAGGGCCAAGGCCGUGAAGCUGCAGGAGCAGGAGCACCGCGAGGAGGCGCUGCGGCUGCAGCGGCUGGAGGAGCGGCGGCGGCUGCAGGAGGCCGAGCUGCGGCGCGUGGAAGAGGAGAAGGAGCGCGCGCUGGGGCUGCAGCGCCGGGAGAGGGAGCUGCGCGAGCGGCUGCUCACCAUCCUGCUGAGCAGGAAGCCGGACGAGCCGCCGGCGCGCGACGAGCUGGGGGUGGCGCACGCGGACCUGCUGCAGCCCGUGCUGGACAUCCUGCACACGGUGUCGGCCGGCUGCGCGGGCGCCGCCGCCGCCGCCGCCCUGCACCCCCUGGGGGCCCCGCCGGCCCCCGGCGCCCCGAAGCAGACGACGCCGCCGCCGCCGCCGCCGCCGCCGCCGCGCGCGGACGCCGACGGCGCGCCCCGCGGCGUCAACGGCAGCCUGGCCGAGGGCGCGCCCUGCCGCGAAGGCGUGGGCGCGCGGCGCGGCGCGGCAGACGACGGCUCCCCGGACAAGCGCUGCCCCGGCGUCCUCGCCUGCAUCCCCGACAACAACCAGCAGCCCAAGGCCGCGCCCGCCGCCGCCGCCGCCGCCGCCGCCGCCGCCGCCUGUGAGCAGAGCGCGCCCCGGAAGGACGCGCGCUCCGAGCAAGACAAGUGCAACCGCGAGCCGAGCGGGGGCCGCGGCCGGGCCAGCGGCGGCCGCGGGGACGACGACAGGCACCAGCGGGAGCGCAGCCGGGCGCGGCGGGCGGGCAGCCGCGACGACGCGCGGACCGCGCGGAAGGAGCGGCGGCGCCACCGCAAGCACGCGCACCCGGACGACAGCCCCCCGCGGCGCAGCGCCAGCCCCGAGCGCGCCCGCGCACGCCGGUCCCACAGCCGAGAGCGCUCCAGCCGCCGGGAGCGCAGCCGGGACCGCAGGGGCGGCUCGGGGCGCAAGCGCAGCCGCCACCGCCGCGGGGAGCGCGACCGCUCGCGCUCAGGGUCGCCCGGCCGGCACCGCAGCACCUGGAACAGGUAAUGCAGGCCGCCCCGCCCCCCUCUCCCCCCCCCCC